UUUCUCUCUGAACCUCAGCUUUCCGUCAUUUGCUCAGUUUUUCCUUCAAAGAAAAGCUCCGUUUCUCCUCUCAGAACGGGAAAAGAUCGGAAUCCAUUGCCAUUGCUUUCUGAAAACAACUGGGUUUCGGCUUCCAUGGAGACAUUGAAACCAAAAUCUUCGAUUCGGAGCAAGAGCAAGAUCGCGCGAACUUUCCAGAAGGUUUGCAGCCUGAGAAGCGCCUCCUCGACGAAGGUUUCGUCUAACAAUGGAAUCGGCAUCUGUGUGCUCAAGUCACGGAACCAUAAUUUCGACGAUGACGAGGAUGAUGGAGACUCCGUCUUCGACCUGCGGAGCACGGUGAGCAGCAGGAGUGCCGGAGAGACUCGAGAUCGGCGGAGAGCGGUGCUCGAGGCGGUGGUGGCCAAGAUCUUUGCGAGCGCAACAGCCAUUAAAGCUGCUUAUGCGGAGCUUCAGAUGGCGCAGCGUCCGUACGACAACGCCGCGAUUCAGGCGGCGGAUCAAGCGGUGGUCGACGAGUUGAAGGCGUUGUCGGAAUUGAAACGUAGUUUUCUGAAGAAAGAGCUGAAUCUGUCGCCGCAGGUGACGAUCAUGCUCGCAGAGAUCCAGGAGCAGCAGAGCUUAAUGAGGACGUACGAGAUCACGAUCAAGAAGCUCGAAUCGGAUGUUGGGGAGAAGCAAUCGAAGAUCGAUUCGAUGAAGAAGAAGCUCAACGAUGCCGUCGAUUUCAACAAAUCUCUGGAGAAGAAACUCACCGCGAGCGGAUCGCUCUCUCUGUUCGACAACUUCCAUUUCCACAAUUUGAAUUUCAGCCACUUUGUCCAGAUUCUAAGCUAUACAUUGAGAUCCAUACGAGGCUUCGCGAAGACGAUGGUGAAAGAGAUGGAAUCGUCCCAGUGGGACCUCGACGCCGCCGCCGCUGCUGCCUCCUCCGCCGCCGUGUUCGCAAAGCCAAGCCACCGUUGCUUCGCCUUCGAAUCGUUUGUAGCGGGAAAAAUGCUGGAGAACUUCGAUUCCCACAACUUCUCGCCGCCAGAUUCCGCCGAGAAACCGAUUCGGGAACAUUUCUUCAACAGAUUCAAAAACCUAAGAUCCAUCGACCCGAUCCAGUACCUGACCCGGAACCCGAGCUCGGCCUUCGCCAGGUUCACGCGCCACAAGUACGCGAGUGUGGUGCACGCGAAGAUGGAGUGCUCCUUCUUCGGCAACCUGAACCAGAGGAAGCUCGUGAACUCGGGCGGUUUCCCGGACUCGGGCUUCUUCGCGGCGUUCGCGGAAAUGGCGAAACGGAUCUGGCUCCUGCACUGCAUGGCGUUUUCGAUCAGCGAAAACGUCACGGUGUUUCAGCUGAGAAGGGGAUGCAGAUUCUCCGAGGUGUACAUGGAGAGUGUAACGUCAGCCGACGAAUCUGUAACCUCCGGCGAGAAUUCGGGUGUCCGGGUCGGGUUUACGGUGGUUCCGGGGUUCAAAAUCGGCGAGACCCUGAUUCAGAGUCAGGUUUACUUGUCUCCGGCAGGUUCUUGACAUCGUUUUCCGGCGAAUAAUAUCUCCGGCGGCGAGUGGGGCCCAAUGAGAAAGUGGGGAUUGGAAAAAGCUGAGGAGAGUGUGGGGUUUAUGAUGAUGGUGACAUAAAACGGUGAGGGAGACAAUAAUCAUUUAGAUUUUAGAUUUACAUUAUUUAUAAUAAAAAAAAUUUAUAACACUGUUGUAUAUUUUUCUUCUUCGUCAGUUUAGUGAAAUAGAUUUGAAUAGUAAAAACGAAGGAGAGAGAAUGUGGAAUAGUUUGAAAGUAUACUGUCUUGUCGUAUCGCAUUAAUGGCAGAUUCAAGAAACCAAAAAGAACGACCUUGUAUGCAUUUAUUUAAAUUUUUAU